AUGCUGGCGGCAUCGGAGUCGAUGGAACCGCCGAUUGCGUUGCUCGCGUACGCCACUGGCGAACCGUCGAAGGCGGCCUUCUGGCCGUUUGCGGUGUUCUCACCUGAAUGGCAAGCGCUGCAGUGGGCUGCGAAGAACGGUGUGCAGGCAAGGUUCUGCGAUCUGCCCGCGUUCAACGUGUUGGCGGAUCAGGGGAUUCGUACUGUCCGCGAGGGCGAUCCCUCUGUCCGAACUGGCCGCGGCCGCGGUUUCGACGACACCGAACGCUGGUGGGGAUUCGGUGAUCGAAUCAAGCUCGAGCGCAGAUUCUUUCGAUGCGAUCACCGAGGCGAUGGAGGCGCGUGCGUGAGACGGUGCCGAUCGACGAGGAGACAGCGCAUCGCCGAAGCGUAUAUGCGGCAGGUGCUGCGAAAGACGUUGAAGGAUGGCGCCGAGCGGGGGAUGUCCAAGGUCAAGACCUCGCUGACCUGGGUUCCCUGGACACAUUCACGCCUGGCGUCGGCAUCGGGUUACGGAGCCGGAAUCACCUCGCCAGGCUGGUAUCACCAUCUGUCCACCGCGAACGACAAGACGAUCACGCGGUGGCUCACCAAAGUUGCGAGGGUGCUCAGGGACGAGGACCUUCCCAUCUCGAGUGCUCACGUCAUCGAAGCUGUCCGAUUGGCAGAUACGUUGGCUGCACUGCGUUCUCGCCCGCUGGCCGGAUUUGUCGGAAGUUACCGAGGCUACGAGGUCGGUGAUGUGCGACGGAAACGACGUUCUUCUGGAUCUGAUUCACACGAAGACUCGUUGUGGGCGAAGCCCUGGGCGCGGUGCCCGGAAGAAACUCCGACAGGUUCCGCUCGAAGCAGACCCUGCGAGCACGUUCGAAGACUUUUGCGGCUCAAACAACAAGCGGGAGCAAAGGCUCUCGAUCUGGACCUGCGACGCGAUAUCGACGUCGCGAGCGUUCCCUGUUCUACACCCGGACUGGGGAUCCUCGAGAUCGAUUGGGGAACCCCGGCCGACAGGUAUGACGGUGGCCGCAGCGGCGGCAUACGUGUCGUCUCGGAAGAUCAACGAGCCGGACAUCACUCUCGCGUCACUGAUCCGGACUACUGGAGAACUCACUGCUCGCAAGAAGCCUCCCGGCAGCUUUGUCUGCGGUUUGGAGAGUGUGAAAACAGUUGCGGCACUAGACCGACGUGCACAUCUGAUGGCGGCACUGACCGCGCGGACCCGAACGACUGCGAUACGGCGAUGUGCGCGGAACCGAGCCGCGAUUUUAGCGUUGAUCGACGUCGCCGACAGCUUGUUGAUCGGAUCUGCACCGGCCUCACGCAGUCGCCGUCACCGGACUGGACGAUCCCAGCGCCGAGGAGUUUCGCGGAUCACCUCGACAAGGUUCGCACUCGGCAGUCAUGGUCCGUGACGAUCGCGAUGCGAGCGCACGCGACGUCAACGGUUUACUCGUCGGACGGAUGGUGCGGCUACUACAAGGACAGCGGUUCGAUCACGGAAACCGCUGCAGCCCAGCGCUUUGUCUCGGGCCCCUGUCCGUGGGGCAGCGCGCGCCGACCGCCAGAGCCGGGUGGGUCGACGGGUUUCUCGGCGGUGGAGGGCUUGUGCUCGUUCACGAUCGAGCGUUGCUCAACGCUGAUCGACACGUGGUCCGCCAACUUCGUGAGCAGGACUUCAUCGACACGCUUCCCCGUUGCUUCGACGCACGUUCCGAGCCUUCGGGGCAGGAGCGUCGAGCGAUCGGUCAGGCGGUCAGAGGUGGACGACGCGUCCAGACGACAGUGGAGACCGAUACUCGACGCUGGCCGAGCGGGCAAUGGCGGUCGUUGCCGAGAUACUGGGAGCGCGUAUGAGCGACGACGAUCAAGCAGCCUUCGGCGCUGGAGAUUGAUGCUCGGGAAUCCGCUUGAAGAAUCGACGGGGAGGGCUGGGCCAACCGGGCGACAGUCGAAUGGAUGCAGCUCUCGCAGCGCUCUACGACUCGUCCCCCGACCAGGGGCGCCGCCGCUCAGCCGGAUUGGGGGCGUCGGCGCCGUCCGUCGCCAGAUGGCUCGGCGAUAUCCGGACGUACUUUACCAGCACGGUGGUGCAGGUGAUGCCAGAAGGACGCAAUCGACCGACUGGGUUUGGCGCAGUUGCUGCCGGAACCGGAACUGCUCGAUGCCGUCGAGCCCGAUGUACAUCUGGUCGGGGACGCUGCUGAGCCUCAACCAGGUCAUGCCGGAGGCCAGCCGCAGGCCACUGCUCGAAUGGUCGUCCGGGAAGGUGGUCUCGGCCGAAGUCGAGCGAAUCGCGCAGAAAACGAAGGCCGCGGUGACCGGGGCACUCAAUCGUUCGGCCAGAACGUCGAAUCGAAGUUAUGCGGGACAUCGACUGGGACCGAACGCCAUCCGAGCAAAUCUGUCGCACUACCUGCCGGAGUAUCGAACCGUCGUCCCCGAGCGGCUCGUCGGAUACGGCCGCAAGUCGAAAUCUGUGCAGCGCGACGUGGUCCUG